AUGCCUCCUCCACCUCACCAGAAGCCGGAGAACGUCCUUAAGCGCGCCCACGAGCUCAUCGGCGUCAACCAAGUUCCCGCCGCCCUCACCCUCCUCCACGAGCACAUCACCUCGAAGAGAAGCCGAAAUGUUCCCAUCGCGUCGCUGGAGCCGGUGAUGCUCCUGUUGGUGGAGCUCUCUGUCGAACAGAAGAAGGGAAAGCUGGCCAAGGAUGCCCUGUACCAGUACAAGAACAUCAGCCAGAACACCAACAUAGGUACCAUCGAGCUGGUUCUCAAGAAGUUCAUCGAGCUCGCCGCCGAGAAGGUUACCGUUGCCCAGGCCAAGGCCGAUGAGGUCCAGUCCAGCAUCGAGGCCAACACCUCCACCACCAACGUCGACGAUCUGGAGGCUAGCGAAACACCCGAGUCCAUCCUCCUCGCCACUGUCUCCGGCGAGCAGUCCCGCGACCGUACCGACCGUGCCAUCGUCACCCCGUGGCUCAAGUUUCUCUGGGAGGCCUACCGCACCGUGCUCGAUAUCCUCCGCAACAAUGCCCGUCUCGAGAUCCUAUACCAGAGCACUGCCAUGCAGGCCUUCGACUUCUGCCUGAAGUACACCCGCAAGACCGAGUUCCGCAGACUCUGCGAGCUGCUCCGCAACCAUGUCCAGACUGCAGCCAAGUACUCGGCACAGAUGCAUGCCAUCAACCUCAGCGACCCCGACACCCUGCAGCGUCACCUGGAGACCCGUUUCCAGCAGCUUAACGUUGCUGUCGAGUUGGAGCUCUGGCAGGAGGCUUUCCGUUCCGUUGAGGACAUCCACACCCUCCUCAACCUCAGCAAGCGCCCUCCCAAGAACAUCAUGAUGGCCAACUACUACGAGAAGCUCACCCGUAUCUUCCUUGUCGGCGAGAACUACCUUUUCCACGCCGCCGCCUGGUCCAGAUACUACACCCUUCUCCGCCAGUCCGCCGCUGUCGUUGCCAGCGGACAGGGCAAGAAGGCCGACAACCCUCCCGCCACCGAGAACGACCUUCAGAAGGCCGCCUCCUUCGUGCUGUUGUCUGCUCUCGCCAUCCCCGUCAUUAGCACCACUCGCUCCCGCGGUGCCAUGGUUGACUUCGAUGAGUCCCGCAAGAACAAGAAUGCUCGUCUCACCCACCUGCUCGGCAUGGGUCAGGCCCCUACUCGUGCUGGCCUCUUCCGUGAUGCUCUAGCUAAGCAGAUGCUGAAGCGCGCUCGUCCUGAGAUCCGCGACCUCUACAACAUCCUCGAGGUCGACUUCCACCCUCUCUCCAUUUGCCAGAAGAUCUCCCCUAUUCUCACCAAGAUCGGAGAUGAUGCCGAGAUGGAGAAGUACAUCCUGCCUCUGCAGCAGGUCAUCCUCACCAGACUCUUCCAGCAGCUCUCCCAGGUGUACGAGACUGUUGACUUGGCCUUCGUUGAGAAGCUUGCUCAGUUCCCCGAGCCUUUCCAGGUUACUCGCGGCACCAUCGAGAAGUUCAUCAUGAACGGCAACAAGAAGGGUGACCUGGCCAUCCGCAUGGACCACGCCACCGGCGUCCUCAGCUUCGACAACGACGUCUUCUCGUCCGCCAAGGCUGCUCACGCUGGAUCUACCGCCGGCUCAGCCGAGGCUGACGGCAGCUCUGUCCAGCGUCUCCAGAGCACCCCCUCUGAGAUUGUUCGGUCCCAGCUUACCCGCCUCGUCAAGUCUCUCCACACCACCUGCUUCUACAUUGAUCCUACCUACAACCAGUCUCUCGUUGCCGCCAGAGAAGCCGCUCUGGAACGUGCCCGUGCCGGUGCGGAACAGGAGCACCACUCCAUUCUCGCAAGGAAGGAGGUCAUCCACAAGCGCAAGGAGGAGGCCUCUGAGGCUCAGGCUCGUAAGGAGAGAGAGAAUGCCCGCCAGAAGCGUCUUCGUGAGCAGCUGCUUCAAGAGGCUGAGGACAAGCGUCUCGCCGCUGAGCAGAAGGAGCGUGAAGAGAAGCGUAUGAAGGCCGAGCGUGACCGCGUCCGCAAGGAGGAGCUGAAGAAGCAGAUUGCCGACCUCAAGAUCGGCAACAAGACAAUCGACAUCGACAUGGACAACUUGGAGAACCUCGACUCCAGUGCGAUCCACGCCAUCAAGCUGGAGCAGCUUAAGCGUGAGAAGAAUGACGUCUCUGAGAAGCUCCGUAUCGUCUGGAAGCGUAUCGACCACUUGGAGCGUGCCUUCAGACAGGAGGAGGCCAAGAAGCUGCCCGAGGACUACAAGAAGCAGACGGAACAGGACCGGGCGACCUACGAGGCCGUCAAGGCUCAGACUCUGAAGGAGGCCGAGAUCAAGCACAAGGAGAGCGUCGAGCUGAAGCACCGCCUCACCCGUCUCAUGCCCGAGUACGAGGCCUUCCGCUCCAACCUCCACGAGCGCCGCCGCGACGAGUUCGAGAAGCGCCGCAGAGACGCAGAGAGGGAGUUGGAGAAGCAGAUCGCCGCUCGCAAGAAGGAGUACCGCGACCGCAAGCUUCGCGAGAAGCGCGAGCGCGAGGAGCAGGAGAGAGUCCUGCGCGAGGCCGAGGAGCGUGCCGCCAAGGAGAAGGAGGAGCAGGAGAGACGUGCCGAGGCCAAGAGAGCCGAGAUGCAGCGUCUCAAGGAGCAGCGCGAACAGGAGCGCCAGGAGGGUCUCGAGAAGGCUGCCCUCCAGGCGAGACGCGAGGAGGAGGCCUUGGCCCGUCGCAAGGCCGAGAGAGAGUCCCAGCGGGCGGCACCGCCUUCCCGCGCUCCCGAGCGUGGCACCGACUCCGUUCCCGAGGGUCGUCGCCCGCUCAACCUGCCCGGCGCCGGCAAGUGGCGCGAGCGUGAGGCCGCCAACGCUGCCUCCCCCUCCAACGCCGACGCCGCGCCCCCUGCCCGCGCUCCCCCGUCCCGUGGCCCAGAGCGUUCCGAGCGCCCCGAGCGUUCUGAGCGUUACGAGCGUCCUUCUGAGCGUUCUGAGCGUCCCGAACGUUCAGAGACCUCCGACCGCCCCAGUGCCGGUGGCCCGCCGCGUCUCGCCCUCGCCGGCAGCAAGCCCAGCUGGCGUGAGCGUGAGGCCGCCAAGGCCGCCUCUGGUGGUGGUGCGUCGUCCGACAGCACGCCCCCGCCGCCCCGCACCUCUGGUGACCGUGGCGGUGCCCCCCUCAACCGGGGAGGCUCCGGACGCGAAGAUCGUGAGAACGGCCGCCCCGACCGGACCGCCUCGCCUGCCACGCCGGUGGAGCCCCUCAAGGCUUCCGGCGGUGCCGGCAAGUGGGUUCCCCGUCACCUUCGCGACAAGGCCUAA